UCGGUGCUAGCUGAGCACAGAGUCGCGCCGGUUAACGUCUUGAAUGACGAACUGGUGGACAAGAUACGGGAGCUUUAUAGGAAACAUCGAGGCCAAACUCCCGCGGAAGCCGAACUGAACUACCUCGAAAACGCGAAGAAGCUGAGCCUAUACGGCUCUGAGCUACACUGCGCACAAGACUCUGAUGACAUCGACAUUGUGCUUGCUAUUUGUGCUAAUGGUGUCUCCAUUUACCGAGAUGGAUUGUUGAUGAAUCGUUUUCCAUGGGCAAAGAUCGUCAAGAUCAGCUACAACAAGCGAUUGUACACGCUUAAGCUGCGAGCCAGCGAGUUCGACGAGUUCGAAACCCAUCUCAGUUUCAAGUUGCCCGCUACAAGAGCCUGCAAGAAACUGUGGAAGUGCAGCGUCGAACAUCAUAUGUUUUUCAGACGGGAGGCCCCGGUGAAGGUGGAGCGCGUGUCGGGCUUCCCCCGCCUGGGCUCCCGACGCCUGUCGUGCCGGCGCACGCUGCGCCAGCUGCGCCAGCAGCACCAGCAGACCGACUACCUGGCGCGGGAGAUCGCGGCUUGACGUCACUGCCAGAACACUGUCGGAAGCAGAAGAACUUCUUUAUUCUCCCCCUCCCUCUGAACUCUACUACGAAAAGACCCACUGAAAAGUGCAAGAACCGAUAGAGGCACAUUGAAGUUUGUAGAAUAAUUAAAGAUAUUCCCUUUUUUUGAGAAAUUUACAUAAUUAUGCCCUUUUUAUAAAAACAAAAAUGUAAACCGUCUUCAAAAGUUUGUGAAAUUACAUAUAUUUGCCAAGUUUUAUUGAAAACGAUUAAGGAAAAGUGGUUGAAAUCCAAUAAACCUUAUUUAUUCCCUAAUAUAAUAAGGGUAGCACCCUUGGAGGUGGAUUAUUUUCUUUAAAUUUAAAUGGGACCAAUACUGAGGUAACCUCUUUCCAAUAAAAAAAGAAUCGUCGAAAUCGGUUCAUACACACAAAAAAUACAGUCGAAUUGAGAUCCUCCUUUUUAGAAAUCGGUUAAAAAUAAAUAAAAAUACCUACGAAGUGAAACUAAUAUAUCGUGUUUCAUAUCAAGUAGAAUUAUGUCAUAUUGUUACAAUUUUCUUUAAAACUGUUUUUUAUAUUAAUGAGAGUAUCUUAACACCGGUUGUUGUGAAUGAUUUGUUCAACAUCACCAAAACAUCUUUCGACUGAAUUAAUAUGGAUAACGCUUGCUUUGUCAUUUUCAAAUUUUAACUUUAUUAUUGAGGUGCGAUAUAGUAUAAUGGCGCCAUAGAAGCAACCUUGCGCAGGCGCUUCAGAAAGUCAAAUCAAACAUAGUCUAAACGGGCACUAUACGUUUAUUAUACGGAAUAUAAAUAUUUAUCUAGAAUAUAAUUUUAAACACACAUUUUUAACACAUAGUUUAACUCUAAUGUAUGGAAUAAUUAUAUAUAAUAAGUAAUAAAUAACGCUAAGUGUUCUUAGAAAGAUAUUUACAUCUUAUACUAGACGUAAUUUUUAAACGACGCUAAGUGCCAUAAUUAUUCGUUAUGACCAUAAUUAUUAAAGAAAUAUGCAAGGGCCAAACUAGCGGAAAUUACUCCGAUUAAAUUAGAUUAAUAUGUGAACGUUGUAACGCAUAAUAGAAAAUAAAAUAUUCGUACGCACUGCAACCGUUCAAUGUACAUAUAUAUGGACGCGUUGCUUUAUUGUAUUUGUCAUAUCGAUGCCUCACUUUCUCAUACACAUAUCUUACAAAGAGUGAUUAUUAAUGAGACGGUAAAACUUUCUAUUUAAUUUAAAUUUCUUAUCAUGUGUGAAUAUGAAGGAAAUAUGACGUGAGCUCAGCCUGCAAAGUUUACAUUUUUUGUAUUUCAGUUACUUUGUUCUCUAAGUAACGUGUUUGGGAAAGUCCUUUAGGAUUGUUGGACCCACUGCUUGGUUCCGCUAGUGGGUCUAGUAUGAUUAUCAAAUACUCAUGGUUCCAUUGCUUAACACAAGUGGAUCAAUCAGAAUUUUUGUGAAUACUGUUGUUCCCGCUAUAUGUCAUUUUAAGUUACUUUGUCAUAUGUCAUUAACAUAAUAAUUUAAAGAAAUGUACAUUGAGAUAAAUCAGAUCCGUAGGCAAAUUUUCAGAUUGCUUUUAGUUUAAUUUACUUUUAAUUUAGACUGAAUGUAUUUUUAUGUAUUAAAAUCUUG